AGGCCGAUCCACACCUGAUCAACACAGCCGGGGAAAGGUUGUCCCAGCACUUGAUCUACUGAGAUCCCGCCGCACAGCCAGGGAAAGGUUGUCCCAGCCCCUGAUCUGCCGGGAUCUCGCCGCACAGCCAGGGAAAGGUUGUCCCAGCCCCUGAUCUGCCGGGAUCCCGCCGCACAGCCCGGGAGGGGCUGCCCCGUGAGCCGUUCCCUCCGGGACAGAUCCCGGCCAUGCUCGCGUUUUUGGUAGCGCUGUGUCAACUGCAUGGGACGGUGUUCGCGUUUCCUCACUGCCCUGGGAGAUUAAAUAACUUGAAGCAACCGCAAUGGAAAGAUGUGUUCACAUCUGCAAGGGAGGCCAAUUUAUUCAUUGGACGACAUCUUCUGAACAACAGAUUUGAUUUUGAAGCAUUCUCAGAUGACAACCUGGAAAGGGAAUGCUAUGAAGAACUCUGCAAUUACGAAGAAGCAAGAGAAAUUUUUGAAGACCCUGGAAAAACGAUGGAUUUUUGGAAAGAAUAUUCAACUAAAGGCCCUAUAAUAAAAAUAGGUGAUGAAGCACUACAAAAGAUUAAUGUCACAGGACUGCUCAUCAGCCUGGUUGCUGCUGGAAUACUGCUGGUUAUAAUUGCACUGAUUAUCUUCUACUGCUGCAAGAGCAGAUGCAAAUCAAGGCAACCACCAGGGUACUUGGGUUAUGUGAGGAGCAGAAGACGGAAUUCGGCCAGCAUCUUCAGGAGGCACGAGGAGUUCUCCUUAAGCCCCCUUCCCCUCAGAGCUGAGGACUCAGGACUGCCCACGUAUGAGCAGGCAGUGAGCUCAGCUGGACAGCACAGCGUGCCCCCACCCCCUUACCCAGGGCCCCCCAGGCAUGCACGGCCCUUCCGAAAGUCCAUGUCUCUCCCUGGCCCCUAGUCACAAACCUGCCGCUGGGCUGAGGGGGGAUUGCUGCAACGUAACAUGCUUUGGGAAAAAAAAAGUGUGUGCUACCUUGCAUAUUGCAAGAUGAUUUACACAAGUGUGAAAGAUCUCCUGGACAACCAGGAAGGAGUGAAGUUCCCAUUUGGGAAAAGAGGUCACCUGGCACAAAGGCUGCAGGACUGCUCUUUGCACAAAGGCACAGUGCCAAGAGAAGAGGAUGCACCAAGAGCAAGUCUUGUACUGCUGCCCUCUUCCAUAUGAGCCAUCCCAUCCAACUAUUGAUGUUUCAUUAAUAGUUUCAUUGUCUUUUUCUUCUGAAAGAACAGUAUUUUAACUGCUCCUAUUGAUAGUAGCCAUUUUUUUGUGACUUAAUACUUUAAACCACCAUAAAAAUCUACUUUGUUGUUUGACAUAUUUGCUUCUUUGCUGAGUGAAUUUUCUAUUCAUUCUUGUAAUAGAUUUGAGUGCAAAAAUUAUUUCAUGGCUUGAUCUGUCAAAUAUAUAUAUAUAUAUAUAUAUAUAGUACUGCUAGUGGAUUACACUGGUUUGGUUUAGACAUUGCUGAUCACACGACUUCAUUUCUUGUAUUUUUAUGAUCAUCAUUUUGCAUCAAAAGGAAGCAUUUGUUACAUGGCACGCUACCAAGUCAGACAAAAUAUACUUGCCUCAAACUGUUUUGAUGUUCAACAGUAAAUACCAGGUCAAAGAGAGCAAAUAGAAUGCUGUGGGCCAGUGGGUGUUGAGCAAAAAGCCAAAGAUUUGUCCCUUUUUAAAAAGCUACCCAGGUUUCACAGGUAAUGUUUCUUUCAUAGCUUAAAAGCUGAAAUGUAGAGAGAGACAUUUAACUUUCAAACCAAAGCCGACCUACCCCCUAGAAGCACCUCAAUAAGUGUGUCUUGCACUACAGGGGACAACAAAAUGAUACUUUUAACUAGAAUGAGACAUCAUCUUAGCUCAAAAAUCAAGAGUCAAGAACUCCUGGGAGUUGUUGGUUCACUGUAUCAAGACAGUUUCUGUAUCUACAGCUGUAGCCACCAUUAAUUUUACAUCUUAUUAGAAUAUCAACCCCCCAGCAUUAUGCAGCCUGUAGAUCUUGCUGAGCCAAUUGCUGCCCACCACUUGUGUCCCUUGGCCCCCUCAGCACAGGAAGGCAGAGCAGAGGGUCUCACAGGAAUCAGGUCAGGCUGGUUUCUUGUUUGACAGUGGCUGUACAGUUAAGGCACACACCAUUAAGUUUUUUAAGAAGAAACAAACUCCCCCUUCUUUCCCCCUCAUUGAAUCAAUGCUGACAACAGCCAAUUAUAUUUCAAUUUGGUGCCUACAAUCCACUUUAUAUUCUAAGUUAAAGGAUUAAGGGUUGAAAUGAAUAUGUAAUAUUUCACUGAAUCUUAUUGUUUGGAACAUACUAGAAGCUACAGUGUUGUUGGGCGAGGUGCAGAAAAUUGGUCUGAGAUUUUCAGUCUGCAGAUGCCUUUGUAAUAAUGGAAACACUUCAAAUCCUGGAAUAUAAAGAGAGUACACUGACAGUGUUACACAAUGCAGUCAUGCCCUCUGAAAAACAAAUACAAUGCAGUUGGUAGCAGUGCCCUUGGUGUUCCUGUUCACAAAACUUCACCAAUGAAUUUGGCUUUUGCCAAGUCACAAAUCUCUCUCCAGCUUCUUUUUUUUUGUUGUUGAGAGAUGGGGGAAUCACCCUGUUGGGAUGUUUCAAUUCACUUUUGCCCCACUUGUAAAAGCAUUUUGAAGUUCUUGAAGUUCUGUAAGACUGAAAUAAAAGAAUUGUGUGAGGCCACCGUUGACAAAAUACAACGUUAUGAGAAGCUAUGCAAUCAUAAUCUUGCAAAAACAUUCUCCCAUAUUCCCCUUUCAUUUAGCUAAGAAUUUUAAAAUUUUUAAUGUGAAUUUUGAGCAGUAGAGCACACUUUUACCUAGAUGUUUCCUGGGACUCAAAAAUCAUUAAAUAAUGCUACUGAGAGGAGCACUGCAAAGGAAAGGGAUUUCACAAGGCUUGUGACCAUUCAGAGAUUCUUCAAUGUUACUACAGACACCUGGCAAAGACACAUUUUAAAUACACUACAGAAAUUGUACAGAAUCCCAUUCAGUCACUGGAAAUUUGAUUUUUCUACUGUUCCUACAAAUUAUUUGCAACUGAUUCCAUGCAAUACAUGCAAAAAUCUCAUCCUUCACAAUUAAUAAAAAAACUUAAGAGGGUGUAACUUAAACAUCAAUGGUGUCAUGCUUUGGGCAGUAAAGUGCCCUUUCAAUAGAAUAAAACACUCAAAUUUACUCAAGGAGUCAGCACCUUAGAGCCUGAAAAUGUGCAGGGACUGACAUUCAAACAGUGGUUGCACGUAGCAUGAUAAUUUGGAAGACACAUCCUGCCUUUUACAAAGAAGGAGCAAAGUUUAAAAUUUAGUUGAAUACAGUGUAAAUUUACCUCUCCUGGUAGAGGGACAAGAUUCCUUUGAAUGGCACUUGUUUGGGUUGAGUUUGUUUUCCUUCUUUCAUACACUGACUCCUGGCCCACUCUUACCUUGUAUCUUGUCUCUUUUUAGAACUCAUGGUUCAAUAGGGUUAACAGAGGGAAAAUCAACAAGAGACAGACUAUGGGGAGUUAUUAAUUUAUAUUAAAAUUAAAAUUCGUUUAUUUUGCCACACUUCCAAAUUUUACAUGUGGUUUCUUUUGAAAAUGGAGUUGCUAUUAGAAUAUAUAAAGCAGCAAACAACUUGUACUUCAGAGACCUUUACAAGGCCAUGUAGUAGGAGCAGGGGGAAUGGCUCUAAACUGACAGAGGCCAGGGUUAGAUUGGAUAUUGGGAAGAAAUUCUUACUCACAGGCUGCUCAGAGAAGCUGUGGCUGCCUCUAGAUCCCUGGAAAUGUUCCAGGCCAGGUUGGAAAGGGCUUGGAAGAACCUGGUCCUGUGGAAGGUGUCCCUGCCUAUGGCAGGGUGUCUGGAACUGGAUGAUCUUUAAGGUCCCUUCCAAUCCAAAGCAUUCUGUGAUUAAGUAGGAAGAGGAGGAGGAGGAGGAAGAUUUUUGAGGAGCAAAGCAACAGCAAGUUAACCUAACUUGUACAGAGAUGUAAAUUAUCAGUGUUUUGAUUUUGGCGUUUCUUUCCAGGACCUUUAGGAAAGACAGUGGAUUUUAAGUGAUUUAACAGAGAUCUACUAUGACAGUUGAAAACAGGAAUGUCUAAACAAAACACUGGUAAACACAUAAUUCUGUUUUAAACGUGUCACUAUUAGUGCUGUUAGCCAUUGCCUUGAAGAAUUUUCCAGAACAGCCUUUUCAGCAUCACAGAAGAUUACAGCAUGCAACCUUUUAUAAAACAAGACAGUUUAUUAAUUAGGGCAAAUAAUAAGGGUCAGGAAAGUGAUCUCUGGCUGUGUCAGUUGAAAAAUAAAUCACUGAACCUGCUUAGUGCUGCAAUAAGAAAGCCUGCUAUGUGAUUUAUCCAUUAUUCAUUUAUAGGUCUGGGGUUGUUGGGGUUUUUGUGAGUUCAUUAGAACAGCAAAACCAAAGUACCACGUGGAAGUGCAUUUCCUCAUCACAGCUCAUGAAAAUGUGACUUGUGAAGCAUUUGAUUCUGGUCCUGUCAAGGUCUAUGGCAAGGUUUUUAUUGGCUGCAGCUGAACUGGGAUUGGAGCAAAAAAUGAGAUAACUGAUCACUUCAGGUAAUAAGAAAUAUAAUGCUCUGCCAAAUUAUUUACCACAAUGCUGUUGCCAAACCCAGUUCAGAGUAUUCUAUUGUUAUAAUGAUGCCCACUUCUAUUAACUAGAAUGUUUCAGUCUGAUCUGCCCUUAAAAGUUAUGUUUUUUUGAAAUUUGAAAACCAUAGCAAAAUUCCUUAUCAUUCCUGGGAUUACCAGCUGUGAAUAAGAUUACUUAAUUACCUGCAGCUUAUUAGCAACACUACUUCUAGCUUUAGAUAAACCAUCAAAGUAAUUAAAAAAACCAAAAUCCAGCAGCAAACCAAACUUUUCUAUCCACAGUCUCUCCUGCCAACAAAAGUUUUACUGCUGCUAUCCUUGCUUGUUCCAUGUGGUAUAGUGAACAGGAAGGAAAUUCUGAGUUUAAAAGCAAUUUUCAAACACUUCAAACAUGGUCUUUCUAUACUGUAAACAUCUUUCAAUUAAUUCCUGUCACUACAAAUUUAUCACUAUCAUUUCUAUGAUAAAGAACUUCCAUGUGUUUUCCUCUCAAAAAUCUUAAGCAGGUCUUCUCAAAUAACCUGCUCUUUAUUUAGCUAUUUUUAACUAUUUCCAGUCAUUUCUGAACUGUAUAAACAGUUACUUAAUCUUAUGAACAUAUUUCCUUCUACUCAUCUGUCAGAACACUUUGAAUGUACUUGUCACUGGCUAUAUUUAAUUAGAACUUUGAUUUCAAGUGCUGUCAUAUUUUGGGUGAUAGGUAGCAAUAUUUUAAGCUCUGCUAGUGUCUAUAUUAUUUUGUAAAACAAUUUCCACAUAAACAUUUAUAUACAUUAAUCAAAGCGAAAGAGAAAAUGCUAAUU